GUGCUCAAGAAUACGUAGAACUAUUGAAAAAAAUCAAGCCAUGGUCUUCCUGAAUAUACCACUAUUGGUGCGCGCUCGUGGUCCUGAUGAGUUUUGGCGCAAAAGACGUAUUUUCAAAUUGGCAGCGCAUUAUCGUAGUCGCACUCGCAAUGUCUAUUCUUUUGCUAUUCGGAGUGUCCACAGAGCCUUGGCGUACGCCACUAAGGGCCGCAAGUUGAAGAAACUGGACAUGGCCCAGUUGUGGACGACUCGCGUCGAGGCCGGAUGCCAGCAGUAUGGCGUAGGACUGGAAACAUUUAAGGAGGGUCUUACGCGCACCGACAUCCUGUUGAACAAGAAAAUGCUCGCUGACUUGGCCAUAUGGGAGCCGCGCUCAUUUGAGGCUUUGGUGAAGAUCUCGCGGGAACGGGCCGCCGUUGAAGGAUUUCCCGACAUAAAGCAACGUUCCGCCUUCAAUCAGGUUUAUGGGCUGCGCAACCUGAAGUUGGAUUAGCUUAAAUAAUAAUUAAUAUUUCAAAUAUAGCUUUUAUACAUGUUAACAAGA